CCACUGCUCUCGAACUGCUGCUUUCAAAACGCUAUGGGAUCCACCUCACACUCUCCCCCCUUGGACCACAACAGCGGUGAACGCGAACAAGUGGUUGUGUCAACAUCUGCCCCAAUUACUACUGAACUUCCCCUCUCCCAACGCUUCGCGCACGGAAUUCAAGAAUGGAGACAAGUCCCUGCUCUGCCACUUCGCGAAUUUACGAUCACGCAUGUGAUCAACAAUUUGACCGAUAGGCGAGACUGGCAUGAAGACGUGUUCAGAGCGGGCUGUGCAGCGCAAUGGUAUAACGAGCUUGUUCUCUCUACGCCGUUGCUGAGCGAGAAGACGUGGGAAUGGUGCAUGAAGGAAGCGAAAGAUAAAGCGCGGGCAUAUAAAGAGACGGGCUUUGUGCGCGUCUUGGAUUCCGGGGCGUGCGUGUGUAAGGCUGAUGGUUUGGAGUUGCUCGAAUUAUCGCGAGAUUUGCAAUCUGGGCUGGAGGAGUUGCAUCGUUAUGCUAAGGGGAAGCAUAGUGAGGAGGUGUGGUGGUCGUACAUUGAUCCACGACGAGCUCCAUUGAGAUAUGGGAAAAGUCGCGUUUUGGAUCCGCGCGGUGUAGCGGGCAAUAGCGACGACGUGAGGAUAAAAUUCGCCCCAACGCUCAAAAGUGAGCAAGUCGAUAUCGAGGGUUUUCAACAGCGCAUGGGGGAUGGUAUGAAAGGCUACCAGGCUUGGCGGCAUGCUUUCGGCAACAUGGGCUGGCAGAAUAUCCAGAAGUAUUACUGGUCGUAUAAAUAUCAAUGCUUACCGAGCGAUGUGGCAUUUACCGACGAUUCUGGGAGCGACGUCGAGUUCACCUCACCUGUCAAUGGCAUGUCCAUGGGUGGCAAUGAUCUACAUCGGAGUUUUGGAAGACUCGUUUCCGCCCUGAUCGAGCCAUGGAAUGAAUGCUUGAUAAGAGGACAAGACAAAUGGAACGAGACCAGCGUGGAGGUCAAUGGCGGUUGGGCGCCCCCAGGAAAUGAACGCAAACAAAGAGGUCGUGUUCCAUGCAGAAUCAUUACCUACGGUGUGGAGUGGGAGAACGAGGCGCCUGAAUGGUUCGACAGCUUUGAUGGAGUGCGCCGAAGGAGAUUGGCACGGUACCACAAAAUACUAGAGAACAUUGAGCUUAUCAAGGGAGAGCGGCCGACAGACGAAUGCGACGAGAAGACCAAAACAGAUUACCAAACAAGAUUAGCAAAGGCGGAAUCCUCUGCAACAGGAUAUCAAGACGUUCACGGCCUGAAGGAACUGCCGGAACCGACUCCGGAACUGUGGCAAAGAGCGUUCAAAUAUCUGGCGCAAGCCGAGCCUGGUUCUGAUCAACCAGUCAUACCUUCAGAGAAUUGGCGGGAUAACGUCUACAGGUUGCUUCGUGAAAAGCUCGGCCGUAUGCUUCUCUUCAAACAUCCUGAGCCUGGUACCGCAUUCACAUAUGAGCAAUGGAGAGAUGGAGAGCAUGGUGGAAGAGCCGUCGUCGAUAUCGUCACUGACAGACCGAUCAUACCAGGAAAGCUCCCUCCGAGCACGCCUCACGAACCAUACAAAGUUCGAUUACAGGACGAGUUUCGAGAAAAAGGCUUGCAAAUCAUCACCCGUGUUGAUAGUAUUGAGCUGUCGCCCGAACACCCUGCCUACACAGGCGGUGAGUGGGAGCUCAAGGGCAUGAAGAACGAGCACGUGGUAGCGGUGGGCGUGUUCAGCUUUGACGUGGAAAAUGUCAGCGAAAGCAGAAUUGCAUUUCGCCAAGAGACAGACGUCUCUCCAGGCUUUUUCCGACAUGGGCCCAAGCUAUUCCAAGGCUCAGAUGGCUACAGCAGAUACAAGCAACCAUCACAUGAAGAGGGAAAGGGCGACCAGGUGGAGGCCAUUUCAGAAAUCUUUGGAUUCAACGCAUUUCAAAUGUGCAGUGACCAUCAUGAUUUUGCUUUACCAUUUCAAGAACUUGGAGAUGUUGCGCUGUCACAGGGUAGGGUGGUUGCGUUUCCGAACGUAAUGGAAACGCGCCGAAUGCCGUUCCGCUUACAAGAUGCAACGCAGAGCGGACAUCAUCGAUGGAUAACAGUCAUGCUUGUCGACCCACAUUAUCGACUAUGGUCUACAGGGCAUGUGCUGCCUCGACAACUGGAAUGGCAAGGUGGCGUGGAGGAUGCAAGGAAUCUACCCGAAGAGGUGGAUUCGGAGAGAACUAUGAAGGAGAUGGCCGGAGAAGUCAGGCGGAUGCACUAUGCACGAUACGCUAUGAUGGGAACAUUCUUCUUUUGCUGA